UAUCAAUUUGAUCACCAUUAGUAGUGAUUUGAUAAAAUAGGAUAAAGUUUAUCGCCAAUUUUGAAAACGUGACUGUAGGUAUUUAAUUAUAUACAAAGUUCUUAUCAAAAAUUGGGACCUAGUUCUUAAUAAUAUGUUUAAUUUAUUUAAGAUAAUAAAAAUACUACUAACAUAAGUACCCAUGUGUGAAAGUGGAUUAAGGACAUAUAUUUUCCUAGCCACCCCACGUAAUUGUUCUUGAUUUGUUCACUCAUCGCAUCGCGUCGCGUAGCAACCGUACGUUAUAAAGCUACCCCUAGUAACAAAUUGAUGUAAUAAUGUCAGUUGUAAUUUAUUUUGUCAAUAAUACGCGUCGGAGAAUUUAUAAUUUCAAGUCUUGAAAAAUGGCUGGAGCGAGACCCUUGAGUCAAAUGAGAAAAAUUGAAACUAAAGAAGCCUUGUUCCGAGCCCGGAAACGGAUAUUAAAGUACCUAGUGCUGGGGUUCCUGAAGCAGGAAGGUUUCUUCCACACGUCGGAGACCUUCGUGAAUGAGGCCAACCUCACUGGCGAGUACGAGGUCUGUGACAACAUCGACCUGGACAUCAUACUGCAGGACUAUUGUAGCUACUACCUGAUCCGCUUCAACAAGCAGCCACAGUUCUGUCGCAAGGUGGCGCUGGAGCCACCGAAGCCGCCGCGCCCUACCACGCGCAGGGCGAAGCCCGAGCGAGCUCAUGAGGAGCCCCAGAAAGACGAGGAUCUGCCGUCUACUUUCACCGUCACUCGAAUUUUCGAGGACGAAAGACCUCAGACAGCAAUACCAGCAAUCGAGAGGAAGUCGCUCUCUGGUUUCCAAGCCAACAUGCCAGCCGAAAAGAAGCAGCUCGUAGAAAUGUUGUACCAGGACAUUAUAAGGCCAUCAGGGGUGGCCUGGGAAGACAUAAAGGGCUUGUCUUCGGCGAAAAACUUGCUCAUGGAAUCCGUUAUUUAUCCUGUAAGGUAUCCGGAGGUAUUCACGGGUCUCCUGGAGCCGUGGAGAGGUGUGCUCCUCCACGGUCCGCCAGGGACGGGCAAGACCAUGCUGGCCAAGGCAGUAGCCAGCGAGAGCUCCUGCACUUUCUUCAACAUAUCCUGUAGCACCAUUAUCAACAAGUGGAGGGGCGAAUCUGAGAAGAUAAUCAAGGUACUCUUUGAAAUGGCAUCCUACUAUGCGCCAUCUAUCAUCUUCAUAGACGAGGUGGAGACGAUAGCCUCUGACCGGUCGACGCCGGGAGAACAUGAAGCGUCGAGGAGAAUGAAGGCCCAACUCCUUACCGAAUUGGACGGCAUCAGUGAACGGGAGGGCGUGGUGUUUCUGCUUGCCAACUCUAACAUGCCAUGGGAGUUGGACCCAGCCAUGUUGCGUAGACUGGAAAAGCGCAUAUACAUUCCACUUCCAGACUUCAAGACUCGCACAGAGCUCUUCCAGGCCUUCCUCAAUUCCAAGAACAUAGAAGUCUACCCAAAGGUGGACUUCAACGAGCUGGCGACUAAGACAGAGGGUUAUUCCGGCAGCGAAGUCAAGCUGGUCUGCAAGGAAGCCCUCAUGACUACGGUUAGGAAACUGCUGCCUAAUAUGAAUAGGAAAAAUAGCGGCGUAACCCGCAAAGAUAGACUGGACUUGGCAGACAUAUUGACAGCCAUAGAGAAGACGAAGCCGGUGUCUAAGAAUUUGGCAAAAAGGCACAUCGACUGGCAAGCACAGAUGGGCUGCUCCUAGGCCCAUACUAUAAUAAGUGCAAGAAAUACUACAUUCAUUGCGUAAUCUGCUCAAAACAUACAGUUUAGGGUUCAAUUAUGAUACGAGUAGGGUUUGAGGAAUAUAUGUUUUUUUGAUAUUA